ACCAAGCGCCCAAGUGAGCGAAAGGGAUUAGGGGUGGGGAUUCCCCCCCACGACCUUAUAAGGUCUUUUCCCAUAAUUCUCUCCUUCUCUUCGCUGUCGUCCCUUUAUCCCAGCAGCCGCCGCCAUGAAGGUCGAGCUGUGCAGUUUUAGUGGGUACAAGAUAUACCCUGGACACGGGAGGCGCUACGCCAGGACCGACGGAAAGGUUUUCCAAUUUCUUAAUGCAAAAUGCGAGUCAGCUUUCCUAUCCAAGAGGAAUCCUCGGCAGAUAAACUGGACUGUCCUCUACAGAAGGAAGCACAAAAAGGGCCAGUCGGAUCGAACCCAGUGCCUUGUGCAUACUAGGAAGAAAUUCAAAAGAAGAGAACUCGGCGUGCAGUCAAAUUUCAGAGGGCCAUCACUGGUGCAUCCCUUGCUGAUAUCAUGGCCAAGAGGAAUCAGAAACCAGAAGUUAGAAAGGCUCAACGAGAGCAAGCUAUUAGGGCUGCCAAGGAAGCAAAAAAGGCUAAGCAGGCAUCUAAAAAGACGGCAAUGGCUGCUGCUAAGGCUCCCACAAAGGCAGCACCUAAGCAAAAGAUUGUGAAACCUGUGAAGGUUUCUGCUCCCCGAGUUGGUGGAAAACGCUAAAGUGGCAGAUGAGAUUUUAAAAUAAAGAUGUCUAUAACUUA